GCGGACGCGUUCGAGGGGGGGGGGGAAGCUUCUCCGCUUCGCAGGCGCCGCACAAGUGCUGAGGGACGCGCGGCGAUGCGCACGGCGGAGUCCUCACGGCCGACAGCGGUGAAGUGAGCGAGCGGCGGGCGGCGAACGACGGGCGCCGACAGCGACAGCCCCCCCAGAAAUCCGUGGAGCCGCCGUGGGCGAGCGCGUGCCUCCGGAGCGCUCAGCGGAGCGCGGCUCAGACGCCGCCGUGCGCCUCGGUGAUGAGCCAGCAGUGAUCCGGCGGAGACGAGCCGCCGCGGACGUAAACAAGUCGCGGUGCUGCGAGAAAAUGGGCUGCUUCCACUCAGCGAGGGCGACUUGGCUGUAACACCGGCGGAUCAUGGCAGGGCUUCACGCUUCAGACGCCGCGUCGGGACGUUUUUUGGAGCUGCCCGCUGCGGGCACGACCACCGCGGCGGGGAUCACCGGCGACGCGGCGGCGGUGCCCUCGCCCGGUGUCCGGGCGUAUUUGGACGUGUCGGCCGCUCCCCAGGGCUACGGCGCCGAAGGAGUUUACACCAACGGACGGUACCGGGAGCACGGCAGCCCCCGAAUCGGGAGUGGCAGCCGCGAUCACUCCGCCGAGAGGAGCCACGGAACCGGAACUGCACCUUGCGGCAUCAUGAAGGAUGGUUCCAAACAGCGGCAGGUGAGGAAGAAAACGGUGUCCUUCAGCUCAAUGCCCAGUGACCGUAAGAUCAACAGUACAGCUGCUUGCAUGGCCUUCAUGAUGGAAGGAUGCGAGAUGAAGAAAGUGCGUUCCAACUCACGCAUGUACAAUCGAUACUUCCUGUUGGAUCCAGACAUGCACUGGCUUCGAUGGGAGCCAUCCAAGAAAGAUUCAGAGAAGGCCAAACUGGAGAUUAAGAGCAUUAAAGAAGUCCGCUUGGGAAAGAAAACUCCUGUCCUACGAAGCAAUGGUCUCUCAGAUCAAUUUCCUGAUGAAUGCGCCUUCUCAAUCAUCUAUGGGGAUAACUAUGAGUCUUUAGAUUUGGUAGCCAGCACAGCAGAUGUUGUCAGUACCUGGGUGAUGGGCCUGAGGUACCUGGUGUCCUACGGAAGGCACACGGUGGACAUGGUAGAGCCUAGCCAACCAAGUCUACGAACAUCUUGGAUUGGUUCUGUGUUUGAUCUUGCAGAUAUGGAAAAGGAAGGGCACAUAGACCUUUUUAGGGCCACCCAGAUAAUCAAGGGACUCAACCCUGGGAUGAAAGAGUCUAGGAUAGAGCUGAAGUUUAAGGAACUCCAGAAAGCGAAAGACCAAUACGGAGAAGCAAUUAAUAUGGACACCUUUGUGGAGGCCUACUGUGAGCUGUGCACGCGACCAGAAAUAUUCUUUCUACUGGUGCAGUUCUCCAGUAAUAAGGAGUAUCUGGACAGUAAAGACCUGAUGUUAUUUGUAGAGGUGGAGCAGGGUGUGGAAGGUGUAACAGAGGACAUGUGCAGGGAUAUUGUACAGAAAUUUGAGCCAUCUGCUGAAGGCAGAGAGAAGGCCUAUCUCUCCAUAGAUGGCUUCACACACUACCUCCUCUCCUCUGAAUGCCACAUCUUUGACCCCCAGCACAAACAAGUGUGCCAGGAUAUGACCCAGCCUCUGUCUCACUACUACAUCAACUCCUCACACAAUGCCUCCCUUCUGGAAGACCACUUUUGGGGUUCAUCAGACAUCAGCAGCUACAUCCGAGCCCUUAGGAUGGGGUGUCGCAGCAUUGAGGUCAUUGUAUGGGAUGGUCCUGAUAAUGAACCAGUGGUGUACGUAGGUAGUUCUGUAGCCUCACAGCUGCCUUUCUCUAAAGUCCUGGACAUUAUAAACCAAUAUGCUUUUGAAGGAUCUGAGUACCCCCUUAUUCUCUGCCUGGUAACCCACUGUUGCAUCCCCCAGCAGAGGGUCAUGGCACAGCACAUAAAGAAGAUACUCGGGGAUAAGUUGUAUACUGAACACCCUAACAAAGAGGAAAACUAUCUACCCUCCCCUGAGAAACUUAAAGGUAAAAUUCUCCUUAAGGGCAAGAAGCUACCACCCAGUUGCAACGAUGCUGAGGGCGAUGUGACAGAUGAGGAGGAAGGUCUGGAAAUGUCUCGAAGAGUGGGAGCGGAAGAGACGGACCAGCUCAAUGGCUUAGAGUACAGACGCCUGAAACUGUGCAGGGAGCUGUCUGAUCUUGUAUUGCUUUGCAAGUCAGUCCAGUUCAGGGACUUUGAGAUUUCAAAAAGGGAACAGAAAUACUGGGAAAUUUGCUCCCUCAAUGAGGUAGAUGCUAACAGGUUUGCCAAUGAGUUCCCAGAAGAAUUUGUGUGUUAUAACAAGCGCUUUCUCUCCAGAAUAUAUCCCACACCUAUGAGGAUUGAUGCAAGCAACAUGAACCCCCAGGAUUUCUGGAAGUGUGGCUGCCAGAUUGUGGCCAUGAAUUACCAGACUCCAGGUUUGAUGAUGGACCUCAACCUGGGCUGGUUCAGACAGAAUGGCAACUGUGGAUAUGUCCUGCGUCCAGCCAUUAUGAGGGAGGAGGUUUCGUACUUUAGUGCCAAUGCUCGGGACUCCCUCCCAGGGGUGUCUGCGCAGCUUCUUCACAUUAAGGUCAUUAGUGGCCAGAAUCUGCCCAAGCCUCGUGGCUCCGCUGCUAAGGGUGACGUGGUGGAGCCUUACAUAUACGUGGAGAUCCACGGCAUCCCAGCCGACUGUGCUGAGCAAAGAACCAAGACCGUGUCCCAGAAUGGCGACAACCCUAUCUUUGACGAGAGUUUCGAAUUCCAGAUUAACUUACCUGAACUGUCAGUACUGCGUUUUGUGGUACUGGAUGAUGACUACAUUGGAGACGAGUUCAUCGGCCAGUACACCAUCCCAUUUGAGUGCCUACAGCCAGGCUAUAGACACGUCCCUCUACAGUCUCUUACUGGAGAGUUCCUACCAAACACCACGCUGUUUGUUCAUGUAGCCAUCACCAACAGGCGGGGUGGAGGAAAGGCACAUAAGAGGGGCCUGUCUGUGAGGAAGGGUAGGAAGGCCCGGGAGUACACCACCACCAAGACUACAGGAAUCAAAGUAGUGGACGAGCUGUUCAGGGCGUCGACACAGCCCCUUAGGGAGGCCACCGACCUCCGAGAAAAUGUGCAGAAUGCCAUGGUGUCCUUCAAGGAGCUGUGCGGCCUGACCCCUGCGGCCAACAUGAAGCAAUGCAUCCUGACGGUGUCCACCUGGCUGAUGAACAGCGAGCGGUCGCUGCGGGUGACGGUGGACCUGAGCGAGACCUACCCCACCAUGGAGGGCCAGGGUCCUGUACCCGAGCUGCUGCGCAAAGUGCUCAACGCGUACGACAUGAUGAUCCAAACCACAAGAACCCUGAUUGAGUCGGCGGACAUGGUCCACUCCAAGCUCACACAAGCACAACGCGCAGGGCUGGACUUUCAUGAGGACCUGCAUCGUAUUGGAGCCAAGGAGGGUUUGAAGGGCCGUAAGCUUCAGAAGGCCAUGGAGAGCUACGCUUGGAACAUCACCGUGCUCAAGGGCCAGGCAGACCUGCUGAAGCAUGCGAAGAACGAAGCGCUGGACACUCUGCGUCAAAUCCACUGUGCAGCUCAGUCCUGUGGCCUCAGUAAAAACGGCGCGGCGUCCCCCCAGCUCCAGCACCAUCCUCAUCCCCAUCCACAGCAACCGCCAGCGCAGGUCCAGAUACAGCAGCAGCCUCAGGCCAAGCCCUACCCGCAGCUGCCGCCUCUGCACCACUCCCAAACUCAUCCCCACUCCCACAUCACAUCUCAGGCUUACCUCCAUGCCCUGCCCCAGCUAUCGACUCUCCCCCUGGUUCACACUGUUUUGAAACCGCCGGCUUAUCCUCAACCGCCGCCACUGCCCCAGUCUCCGUUUCAGUUCCCGAACCAGCAGCAGAAGGCAACAGAGCCUCUGGACGCCAACCCAGAGAAAGACAAGCCCGGCGAAGACCCUGUGGGGUCCUGCUGACCCGCAGCCUGUGCCCACAGAGAAUCCAACCCAGAGAGAGACGCAGAGAGCGGCGCCGCGAUGGGGAAGCAGAAGGGCGGAGAAGAGAAGCAGCAGGCCAUGAGCGAACAGGAGAUGGAGGAAGUCGUGAAAAGGCUUCAAGAGAUGAUGGUAGUGAGGAAGAGUCGUCGCGUUAGAAGUGAGACACAAGUUUAGGCCCAAGCUGCAAGAGAAAAGGAAGAGAGACCACAUACCCAUUUCUAAACAAAAUGAGAAAUGUUUAUUUUUAAUCUUUCACCUGAGUCACAAGGUUCCGGUCUCUCUGUUUUUCUCUAAAGUGGAACUGAAGGGGAACAGCUGGGUAGGAGCGUCUGGCAGGUCUUGGUGCAUAGGAGUGCACUCAGUAAAUGGGUCAGUCACUUGUCCAUCUGUGUCUCUCUGGGCACUGCUAGUUACAUGCCGCUCCAUCAUGUUCUCUAGCUCUGUGGGUACAGGCUUUACCUCACGUUGGCGUUUAAAGCCACAUAUUUGCCUUUUUUUUAAUUUCUAGAGACUCCUUGGCAUGUUCUUUGGCAUGAAGCUUUAAUUUCUUCAUGCUCACUCCAUUUCGCCUCCAUCUCAGACGCAAAGAGGAGGAUCGCCGUUUUCAUUUUAAGUGCAUGGCAAAGAGAAGCUCGUCCAGGCCGAGCCGUGUAGGGAUCACGGAGGACUCUUUGAGCACAAACCAGGGAGCGGCGGGUCUGCGUGUGCGGCCACGCGCUAAUGCUCCGGUUCACACCUCGCUGGCGUCGUCCUCCAUGAUGAUGUGACAUUCCUGAGGUUUUGCUUUUCAUCAUUUCUGGACAGUUUGGUGUUUUGGUCCCCAGGGUGGAGCCAGCCACGCUCUUAAGUGGCUCACCAGCCAUCACAACUGAAAUAGUUGCUAGAGUUAAGUCACCAGGGACGUGGUACUGCUGUCAAUAAUGUCACAACCUAUAGUGAAUAUAGAUGUAAAGUGUAUGUAAAAUGUAUGAAGGGAAAAUAUUGCUAUAAUAAAUCUACAGACAAAGACAUAAAUGAGUAAUAUAAUAAUUGUUGUUAGUUCUGUUGAUUAUUUUUUAACGUUAGUUCCACAUAUAUAGUGCUUUGACACUUGCGGUUCUGUGGUGCAGCUCAGGACAAGCGGUGCAUGUGGGGCCGGAAACGCCGGAUCGCGAGUUAGCACCACAACACGAGGGUCAAACAAUAACCUCACAUGUGUUUCACUGCUACGUGCGUGUGGAUUGUGUGAGAGCUCCUUUAAGUGGCCCAUUAAAGCUGGCUUUGUUGUUUA